AUGCCAGGAAAAAUACACAUAUGUAAUGACAAGGAAUUCAAAAAUAAAGGUUUUCUUGAUUCGCUCGAUUCCUUGCACUAUUUCAUUGACCACGUUGUGUACCAAACAAAAUUACGUGGUCCAUCAUUUCGAUGUGAAGCGCAUCCAGACGGAACGCUACUGCUCCAUUAUUACUCAAAGAGGAGUGGGCUCUACCCUAUCGUUAAAGGUGUGGUUCGAGAAGUAGCCCGUCGUAUAUACGAGACAGAAGUUAUAAUGAAAGUACAAGAGAGGAAGCAAGAGCAUCUAGGUACAGUCAAAUGCGUAAUUUAUGAGCAAUCAUUCAAACCAUUUUUCAUAAAUUUAGAUGCAUUUGUAACGGAACAUGUGGUGUUCGUUAUUAGCCAA